AUGGGUUUCUUUUUACGAGGAAUUGUAUCAAUUUUUCGUAUAUUUCUAACGACAACGGUAGCGCUGAUCUUCAUUGACGAAAUAUAUUGCGCCGAAGAUAAACAUUAUUGGCAUGAUUCAGCAAACAUGGAAUUGAAAGAAUCAUUGUCGUACGUGUGGAAUACAAAUACAGCUAAGAACGUGAUUAUAUUUCUUGGAGAUGGUAUGAGCCUCGACACCAUCACAACGAGCAGGAUCCAUAAUGCCGGAGAGGAGAGUUAUCUCGCAUGGGAGAAAUUCCCGCAUAUCGCCCUAGCGAAGACUUACGACUCAAACAAACAAGUCCCGGAUUCCGCCUCUACCGCCACAGCGGUGUUUUGCGGUGUUAAAACGAACUUCAAAGUUAGCGGCGUCGAUGCUAACGUACCUUUGGACGAUUGCGAAGCGAGUCUCAACGAGGAUUAUCACGUCGAUUCAAUUUUGGCCUGGGCUCAAGCUGCGGGUAAAGACACAGGAUUCGUCACGACAACGAGAGUCACUCACGCUACUCCGUCGGCUCUUUAUGCGCACGUGGCGAACAGAAAGUGGGAAUGCGAAACUGACAUGCCGGCUAGCGCCGCCAAGUGUAAGGACAUAGCUAGGCAACUCGUCGAAGAUAAGCCGGGCAGGGAUAUAAAGGUUAUUAUGGGGGGUGGCAGACAACAGUUGCAAAGUAAUUCUACUGGCCAGAGAAAUGACGAGAUAGAUUCUUGGAGUUGCUACAGACAAGAUGGGAGGAAAUUAAUAGACGAGUGGAUGGCGGACAAGACAGCAAGAAAUUUCUCGAAUGUUGUCGUUCAGAACAGUGAAGAAUUGUUCAGUGUCGAUACAGAAAAUACUGACUUUCUUAUGGGGAUAUUUAACAAUGCUCACAUGAGCAUGGAUUGGAACAGAGACACGAGCCCCGAAGGAGAGCCAAGCUUGGAAAACAUGACGGUUGCAGCUAUAAAAAUUCUUCAGAAAGCAGAGAAGGGAUUCGUGCUUGCGGUCGAAGGAGGUUUAAUUGAUUAUGCACACCAUCGUGGACAUGCGGCGCAAGCGUUAAGAGAGACAAUUAGAUUUUCUGAGGCAAUAAGUGCUACCUUAAAGCUUAUCGACACCAGUGAAACUUUAGUCAUAGUCACGAGUGACCAUGGUCACACCAUGGCUUUCAACGAGGGUGCCGACAGAGGACAAGAUGUUCUUGGAAUCGCCCAAAAUUCGAAGUACGACACCAUUCCUUAUACGGUAUUAAGCUAUGGUACAGGGGGUCCAAAUAACAUGGCUUACGAAGUUUAUAACAGCACCACGGCUAUCAGGAAGGAUCCUUCGUUGGAGGAUACUACUGCGUUUACUUACAGUCAACAAGCUGCUAUAGUAACUGACGAGGCCCACCACAGCGGAACUGACACGCUGGUAUAUGCCAUAGGUCCGUACGCCCAUCUGUUGCACGCUACACACGAACAAAACUACAUAGCCCAUGUCGCAGCUUAUGCAGCGAAGAUUGGUGAAUACUACAAUAAUUCUAGUUCAAAUUUUCAACCCUGCUCUUUUAUCCUCCUGGCAACCUUGAUACCAUUUUUACUACCAAGAUUGCAUAGAUGAACAAUUAAUUGAAAUUAACGUAAGAUAUGCUGACACAUUCAAGUCAGACUGUUGUACGAAAAUGAAACAUUAUUCUACGUGUUUCGAAAAAUGAGGAAUGAUCUAGAAAAAAUUCAAUGUAAUUACUUUUUAUUGCCCUUUGUAGAAUGUAUAGACAAAUGAAAAAUAAAAAUAUAUUUUUAAAUUAACACGACUUGUGUUUACGUGCGUAGUAAUGAUAUUACAUUGAACAAA